AUGCACAACAAUCACGUGAGGUUGAAUCUGCACAAGUAUAAGACGGCUGGAAUGUGCCAGUUCAACAUCGACAAACUGUCUGAUGACGAUGAUGACGAUUUCGAUGAACACUCGUCAGAAUUCGAAUUCUCCGAUUCGAAUGAGUCUGAUAGCUAUCAGGACACCGAGUCGACAGGGCCAUCAGAAGCGACUACUGACGAAAUGCAGUAUGACAGAAUGCGUGCACCAGUUCUCGGCAUCACGGCACAAUCACGACGAAUGUCCCUCGACCUUCAGCAACAUCGCAAAAGUCGACCGAGCCAACCAUCAAUGGCACCACGCCAUCCAUAUUACCAAUCAUAUGACGAUCUUCGCCAUAAUGGAGAUGAACUAUAUUCCAAAAUCGAACGUCGCGAUGGUCGUGAAUACAGAAGCAGAGAAUACCUUAGAGAGAAGAGGGAACCAUUCCGACAGCCAAGACAACCAACAAUCUCAAAUUAUCGAGGAAGUCGCGGACUUGACAUGAUCGAGGAAUUGUCGCCAAUUCGCUCUGAUUCACUUUCAACAGUUAGCAAUGAAGUUCCUCCAAUGCCACCAUCGUUAAGAAGCAAUUCGGAGUGGAACCCUCAACUCACUUCCACGACAACAUCGUUCCAGCCACUUAUGCCAUUGUUGCCGAAAACAAACCCUCACAUUGGCCCAAAGUUGAUGUGCUCAACUCCUAGAGAUUCAGGCAAAGAGAAUAAUUAUAACAGAAGAUGUUUACGUAAUAAACAAAUGGAGAAAUAUGGAAAGCCGGAAAGUUUUUCAGUGGAUUCCGAUGGAUCCCCAAUUCCAUGGAACGAGCCAAAUUUUCAGAAUAUACCGACUGCGAACACAAUUUCCCGCCCAGAACACUAUGGACUUCCAUCGGCUUUGGCCAAAAAUCUUUCAAUUAACGGCAUUUUGUUCCUGAGCAUGUCAUUGUGCAGCCGAAGAUUGACCAUCAAUAUUCAGAAGGGAGUCUAUUUCCGGGAUAUGAGUCAAUCGCAAGUCUGCUCUUAUGUUCGCGCUGAAUUGCGCCAUCGAUCAAAGUCGCACAGCCACCCAAAACGGCAUUGCGCAUCAUCGCUCGCCAGACAGACGCGUUAUGAGGAGACGUACCGUACGCGUCUUGUAACAACGACAAACCGACCAAACUUCCAGGAGACAUUCAAAUUUAAACUGUCUGAAAAUUGCGGACGCGACUAUCUUGUUUUAACCGUCUAUGCUAUGGAUGCCAGUGACACACAACGUAAGAAGGUUCUUGGAUGUAUGGCAUUUCCAAUAAGCAGACUUCUUAAGAAAGCUCGCCAAGUGAACGCUGAUUACUUCUAUUAUAGCCCGGAGACAGAGAACAUGGCCGAAGAAAUUGAAAUUAACAAUGAGGGCUAUUUUCUCCUCGAUCCGAAAUACGGCGAAAAACGUAAUCUACCGCAAAGCAAGGUAAAACGUCAAACGUAUUACAACGAUCCGACAUUGUCUGGAACAUCUGGAUCGUCUUUCAACUCACAGGGAAAGAUGACGGCUGCUUCAUCUCGGCUAUCGGUGCCAAACGAAAUGACAAUGGGUGACUACUAUUGCACGACCGGAGAUUUGCAUAUUCGUCAAAACCCCAACCACCUCGACUACACAUCGGCUUCAUCUAGCACUAAUGGAUCAUCUGCAGCAGAAAAAAUCAUUCCAUUUCAUCGUGCACCCGUUCCGAGUAUUACAACAACAACGAGUGAGAACACAUCGGAUGACGGCCGUAGCGUAAUGAGUCCGAAUGAGAAGACCAACAAGGUGGAUUACCAUUAUUUGUGUCCGGAAGAUGGCGGCGUUUAUGGCGCCGGACCAAUUUUGUCCUCCGGACUAUCUGUCCGCCGUGCUGCUUCAUUCACCUUCUCGCCAAAGAAUUCAUCCGCGAAGAACAAUCUUCGUCCACAACAGCUCCGCGAGUCUGACGAGAAUCCAAAGGAGAAGCGGAAGUUAUUUGGACCAAUCUCCAAGACGUUGUCCUACCUCCGCAAUAAAAUGGACACUGCUCUUUCCACCUCCUCAUUGUAUCCGACCAAAGAAGAAGUCAGACAAUGGGAAACGUGCUUUGAAAGCCUAUUGACCAAUAAAUUUGGUUGCGCACUGUUCCGCCAAUUUUUGAAAAAGGAAUUUAGCGAUGAGAAUGUUGAUUUCUGGCUCGAGUGCGAGGAGUUCAAAAAGAUGAAGGACGGAAAAAAGUCGACCACACAGAAAGCUAUGGAAAUCUACAAUCUUUUCGUUGCUGAGCAUGCUCCAAAAGAGGUGAACUUGGAUUCGGAUACCAGAGCCGCGACAAAAGCAGCGCUUGAGAAUGGCUGUCGUACGGAUACCUUCAGUUUGGCACAGAAUCGUGUUGAGCAGUUGAUGUCCAAGGAUUCAUACAGACGGUUCCUCCGCGAUCGCCUCUUCUUGGAUUUACUUGAGAGCUAUGAGGAUGAGAAUGCGCCGUCGAGUUCAAAGGAAAAGUAA